AUAUUUAGGUUAUGAAAUUUGGCGAUAACUUUGAGCGAGAAAAUCAUUCAUUCGUUUGGAAUCCGGGAAGUAUAGGUGCAGUUUUACUUCUUUAAACAUUUUUCAAGAUGGGACGAAAUGAACGAUUUCAACUUAUGGCCACAUUGAAUCUUUUAUUCUUUGUAGCUUUGACAGCUGCUACAGGUCAGACUCAAAAUUGCGAUGUUGAUGAGAGACAGCCAACGGUAUGGUUGGGUGAUGAAGAUGAUGCAAACUUCUGUGAUGCCAGCGCCGAGCAUUGUGAUCACUUUGGUCUUGAUUUCGUUUGUGAGGAUCCGAGUGGAGGAUCACUUACACCUUGUAUCAAUGGGACCAAAGUGAAGUGCGCAUCACCACCUGCUGUACCCCUGACUGAUCCCACUCCUGCCACCACUAUAAGAGUUCUUGUAUACAACGUCUUUGAGCUACGUUAUCUCUAUUGGCAAAGUGGCCAACGAGAAAGAACAUGCCGUAUUCCACAUAAGUUUUUCAGUAUGCAUCCAGAUAUUGAUGUCAUCGUUUUCAACGAAGUCUUCAUGGGAGGUUGCUUUGCCCCCUUCAACGAUACCAUCGAAACAAGUACCCUUACCAUGCGUGACAUCAUGGACCAAUAUGGGUUCAUCUAUUACACAGAUACCGUUGGCAUUGGCGAACCUUUCCCUAAAGUUGAGAAUGGUGGAGCGUUCGUUGCUUCUAGGUGGCCCAUUGUCAAAACUGAUUCCCGGGUUUUCGACAUAUCCGAACCAUAUUCGUGGAUGGCUAAAGGAGUUGUGUACACCAUGAUCAAUAAAACUGUUGCUGGACAGAGUGUUAUGUACCAUAUCUUUGGAACUCAUAUGCAAGCUUUCCGAACCCCGAAUGCAGACUAUGUUCGAGUUGCCCAAGCUACUAUCAUUCAUGACUUCAUGCUGGAGCAAGACAUCGGUGAUGACGAACCCGUUAUUUAUGGAGGUGACCUGAAUGCAAGACUGAACACAACCAAUGGCGAUGACGUCGUUGACGCUCUUGACGCCACACUUCCUACGAUCAUCGGUGAACUCAAUGUCACAUACGAUCACGAGAACAAUGAUGUUUUUGACGAAAAUAACGAUACGAACUGGUGGUUGGACUAUGUCUUGUAUAGUCGAUCCCACAUUCAACCUGAAGCUGCUACAAUACAGGUCGUUAGGCCUAGGAUGUCUACUCCUUUAGAGAUUUGCUCGACGGCAAUAUCCCCGAUUCCAAGCUACCCUAAUUCUCAAUUUUGCACUGAACGAAAGAAUAUUACAGACCUAUCUGAUCACUAUGCUGUGUUGGGUACUUUUCAUUAUAACAUGGAAUCCCCUCCAGCAACUGCUACGGAAUAUCCGCAUACGACUGAUUCGAGUGUUGGUUGUUGCAUUCAUAACAUCUUGGUAGCACUUACCAUUGUGAUGGGACUCGUUUUGAAAUAGUUAUCAAAUUGAAUCCUUGUUGAAUAUGUUCAGAUCUUACAUUGUAAAAAUGCUAAUUUUGUUCAUCUAUUUGAGAUGGUUUGAUUAUUCGACGAAUCAAAUCAAGGUAUUGAUGUUCAGACUUCUUAAAGUAUAUAAAAGUUUCCAAUCAAUCAUGUAGACCUUAUCUAAGUAUUGCUAGCUUAUUUUGAAAUUGAAAUUGAAAUUGAAAAGGUUUUAUUAAAAUUACUGCACUUUGCAGCCAAAAGGCUGAAUUGCGUACAAUUUACAGGUAUAUAUACAUAGAGUGUACAGAUUUAAAAACAUCAAACUUGAAAUGAUGACGAAAGUAUAACGCAACUUAAUAUAUUAUGUAUACUAAAAGGAAAAGAUGAAAUAAAAAAAUACAAACACUGAAAGGUGGUGGUGGUGGAAGGAUGCUUAUUGAUAUAAACAUCUUAAUUCAAACAAUAAAAACUUAGUUUUAAGCAGGAACAACAACGAAAGACAGGAGGGUGUCUGGGGCGAGCGAGCAGUCAAGUUUUAUUUAGAUACUUUAGAUAUUUUGCUUCCAUCCCAAUAAUGAUCAAUUCUCCAUCUUUCUCAGUUUUGCAUUGUUCUGUGACCAUCGUAAUAUGCCCUUAAAGUGUUCGUAUUCUUCUAAACUUACGGUGUCAUAUAGAGGUGGCAUAUGACUAUUGUACGAUCUUCGUAUGGAUUAACGAUCACCGUACGAUUUACGAUUUUUCUUAGCGCGGAGAUAUACUUAUUUUUCAAAAGCGUAAGAUGGUAGCCUUUAUAGGCCCUACACAUCGUAAAAUCAUCGCAAGGGCAUCAUACGAUCAGCGCAGGGGUAUUGCGCGAUAGCUCAGUCGGUAGAGCGGGGGUUUCGGAUUCCGGUGACCCGGGUUCGAUUCCCAAGUGGUGCGCUAGUGCCCUUUGGUAAGACAUUUAUCCUCAUUACCAGGUCCCUCGGAGAGGACCUUAAGCCGUUGGUCCCCUGGUUGCUUGCUCACAGGCAUUCGUGCUUUCUUAGCAGUCAGGUAAAAAACCUCGGUAUGGCAUUGUACAAUGUACAGUCAUCGUAUGAUAAGUGUAAUACGGUUUGAUCGCUGCAGUCAUGGACAUUGUACGAUAUCUGUGCGAGUUACGUAUAACGUCUAUGUUUCUGUCUUAGCCUUCUACGAUGUCUAAUGACUGUGCAAAAAUCGUAGAAUAAUUCGUAGCAUAACAAAUUAGGCAUUAUGCUGUUUAAAAGGACGAAAUACAUGUGUGAAUUUGAAAUACAGCUUUUAGGAAACAUAUGUGACUGAAAAAAACUCAUCAAGAUUGUUGUACAUCUUAUGGAAAGCAUUGCCAUUUUACAAUACUUAAUCGAGGUUAGAUAUUCGUUGAUUCGCCAAUCUCAUUUUGUGUGUUUACCCCUUGCCCGUUCGUUAAUCAUUUACACAACUUUAUGUAUUAAUACAAUACAUUGUAUAUUGUAAAAUAAAGUUUCAACAAAUUUUAGUGUUUGGACUUAUCUUGCCUUACCGGAAUGAGUUGUCGCGAGUUUGUUUUUACAUUAUAGUGUGGACUAUUAUUCAUGAUAAGCGUUAGUUGAUAUCUUAUGAACACCUGUUUGUACAGGAAUAGGUUUGACAAAUAAAUCGCGAUUCA